GCAGAGCCAGGCGGGCUUUAAGGAAGGAAGGAGCAUUCUAUGAGGCUCCGAGGCAGCUAGAUCUGGAGGGAUCUGCCUUGCUGCAAGGGAAGGGAUCUAUAUGGGCAGAAGAAGCUCCGUCCAGAGGCUUCCUACGUGCUGCAUGGUCCUAGCAAUAUUGUACAUCUAAGACGGUGGAUAUCAAGAAUCCAAGUAUGGGAGAUACCUCACAUGAAGCUGCCGACGGAGUCAUAGACAGGUCUUGCAGUGAUAGUGACCUCGCUGAUCGGGUAGCCUCUAUCAAUGUCACCCUCAACCCAGAUGCCACCAGUUCAAACGGUCAAGAAACAGUAGAAGACAACCUCACCUUCUCCAACAACGUUGCUCCCGACAGCCAAAGGAAUGGGGUGGAAGAUGACUUGGGGACAUCGGAAGAACUGGAUGGGACUCACGAGCUCCAUGCGCCAAAGAGAGCACCCGCGCGACCCAUCCUGUCCGGCCGGAAGUAUUCGCUACAAGAAAGGCCUGCCGGAAACUACUUGGCUUGCACUGACCCUACAAGCUUUGGUCCUUACGCCACGGGGCCUUCCACCCACAUCUCUCCCCGGAUUCUCAGGCGGCCCACAAUAGAGUCGCACCGAGUCUCCAUCUCAGACGCAGCGGAUUGUGUGCAGCUGAACCAAUACAAGCUGAAAAGCGAGAUAGGAAAGGGUUCCUACGGCGUUGUGAAGUUGGCCUACAAUGAAAACGACGAUCAAUACUAUGCCAUGAAAGUCCUCUCCAAAAAGAAGCUACUGAAGCAAUAUGGAUUUCCACGCCGGCCUCCGCCUCGAGGAUCCAAAGGGACCGCCGGUGGGACCCCGAAGCCGAUGGCCCCGCUGGAUCGCAUCUAUCAAGAAAUAGCCAUCUUAAAGAAGCUGGACCACAUCAACGUAGUCAAACUCAUUGAGGUACUGGAUGACCCUGCAGAAGACAAUCUCUACAUGGUGUUUGACCUCCUCCGAAAAGGGCCAGUCAUGGAGGUUCCAUGCGACGCACCAUUCACCGAAGAACAGGCCCGGCUCUACUUCAGGGACAUCGUCUUGGGCAUUGAGUACUUGCAUUACCAGAAGAUUAUCCACCGAGACAUCAAGCCAUCCAACCUGCUCCUUGGAGACGACGGCCAUGUCAAGAUCGCCGAUUUCGGCGUGAGCAACCAGUUCGAGGGCAACGAUGCCCAGCUCUGCAGCACGGCCGGGACGCCUGCCUUCAUGGCCCCCGAAGCGAUUUCAGAUUCUGGGAAGAGCUUCAGUGGGAAGGCUCUGGAUGUGUGGGCCAUGGGCAUCACUCUCUUUUGCUUUGUAUACGGAAAGUGUCCUUUCAUUGACGAAUUCAUCCUUGCUCUUCACAACAAGAUCAAGAACAAGCCUGUUGAGUUCCCAGAAGAACCCUGGGUCAGCCCAGAACUCAAGGACCUCAUUCUGAAGAUGCUGGAAAAAAACCCUGAGACCAGAAUAACAGUCCCUGAAAUUAAGUUACAUCCUUGGAUUACCAAGUUUGGAGAGGAUCCUCUUCCUUUGGAGGAAGAGCACUGCAGCAUCGUGGAAGUCACAGAAGAAGAAGUGAAGAACUCGGUCAAGAUGGUUCCCAGUUUACCCGCUGUGAUUUUGGUGAAAGCCAUGUUGAGGAAACGCUCCUUUGGUAAUCCGUUCGAAGCCCAAGCCAGGCGAGAGGAGAGAUCGAUGUCGGCUCCAGGAGACCUAUUAAUAAAGCAAGGAAGCCGGGAAGGCAUGAAGGACCCGGAUCUGCCCGACGUGAACGAGGACGAAACGAGUUCGUGAAGAUCCGGAUCGCAGAGAGGUCCUCCAAGCUCUGCUGCUGUACCAAUGCUGCUGCCGUACCCAUCGUAAACAGUGGUGUUGUCUUGCGCGCCAUGCUGUCUGUUCUCAUCAACCAAAGUCUGUGACAUG